CGGCAUCAGCUCGAACCUUGAAGAGGAAGGUCUCUUCUUCUUCAUCUCGAUCCAGAUCACGAUCUCGGUCUCGUACUCCGCCUUCUCUACACUCAUCAGCAUCACCGCCGCCCCGUCAGACCUCAAGGCGGUCUACUUCUCUCUCGAGGCCUGCCUCGCCAUCACCUCAUCGCGACCAGAGCAGCACCGCUUCACGGAGGAAGGUCAGAGGCGAUGAUCGAGAGCGAGACAGGAGAAGGAGACGCAGUGGACGAGACGAUAUGGAGGACGACUAUGAAGACGGAAGACAACACGUCGAAGAGGACACAUAUGUGAGGCCGAUGUCGAGGCCUCGCGAUGAAGGCAGCACCAGUAGUCGAAGACGAGACGACAGCAGAGCAUCCCUGUCUCGGACCCGCGAUAUCGACGAGGAUGAUGUUCGCAGUCACAGGAGCGGUCAUAGCCGACACACUGCGAGUCGCGAGCCAGAGCCCUACGGUCGCUACGAUCGCGACGCUCGUUACCGCCGCGGUCCGCCACCUCGUCACGACCCUUGGGGUCGGGAUGACCCUUACAGCCGCGCGCCCCGAUACGACCAGGACUACUACUCUGCGCCAUACUCCAGAGGUGGCCGUGACCGAUAUGACUACGACCGCAGACGACCGCAUCGCCGCUCUCCUUCGGUGCCAAUUAGGAAGGAACCAACUCCCGAUCCUGAGGAUUACGAGCUGCGCUCUGUCUUUUGCUCCCAGCUUGCAGUCAGACUCACUCAAAGGGAUCUAGGCGAAUUCUUUGAGGAGAAGCUUGGCGAGAACACAGUUCAAGACGUCAGGAUUGUCACUGAUCGGGUUACCGGGAGGAGCAAGGGCAUUGCCUACGUCGAAUUGACAUCAGAGGAGCUUGUCCCCAAAGCUAUCGCUUGCUCGGGCGAAGUGCUCUUCGGCAUUCCGAUCUUGGUGCAGGUGACGGAUGCUGCUCGUAACAGAGGCGAGGGGGCUUCCACUGCUCAAGCUCCGAUUCGACCUAACAUGCCGGAGAACGGUCUUCCAAAGAUCGACCCGAAUUCAUUGUCCAAAUUGCCACUUCCACCUCAUCUUGCUGCUUUAGCUGGCAAUGCCAUCCACUUGGGUGGCGGCACAGGACGAGACAACAAGGUCACCAAUACCGCUGCAAGACUUUACGUUGGGAGUCUGCACUUCAAUCUUGUGGACACAGACGUUCGCGCUGUCUUCGAGCCUUUUGGCGACAUUGAAAGCGUAGACCUUCAUCGAGAGCCGGACGGCAAGAGCAAAGGCUUCGCGUUUGUCCAGUACAAGAAAGCGGAGGAUGCCGAGAAGGCCAUUGAACACAUGAACGGGUUUGAGCUCGCCGGCAGAAAUAUCCGAGUAGGUCACGUCAAUUCGCGAGGCCAAGACAACAAUGCAACUCGAAGUGGUCCCUCUGGCCAAAACGACGCCAACGCCAACGGAGGUGGAAACACUGCGACGGUCACCUCCUCGUUCGAUGAAGGAGGAGGCGGUGGUCUCAACGCGUACAGUCGUGCCAAUUUGAUGCAGAUGUUAGCAAGGAACAGCAACAGUGCCGAGGCGGGCGUUGCCAACGGGAACGCAACCCAGCCAACCGAGCAGGUGCGCCCUGCUUCGAUUCCGCAAGGAACAAGCAAGGCCGUCUUAUUGAAGAACAUGUUCAAUCCCGAAGAGGAGACCGAUGCAAAGUGGGACCUGGAUCUUGCUGCCGAUGUCAAGGAAGAGUGUGAAUCCAAAUACGGCAAGGUGCACGAAUGCCAUGUGGACAAGGAGAGUACGUCGGGCGACAUCUACAUGAGCUUUGAGGACAUCAGUGGUGCGACCAAAGCUAUCGCCGGUCUCAAUGGGCGAUGGUUUGGAGGAAGACAGGUUGCUGCUGGCUUCAUUAGCGAAUCCUUCCUCAAGGCUAGGCUGAAUUGAGUUCGACGAGGGAAGACGCAACAAGCAAAGCACCAGUACGCUGAAGAGCGAGACAAACCGGGAUGCUCUGAACACAUGCAGUCAUUUUCCCCUCUCCCUUUACGCUACAACAACAGGCCGGUCAUUAGAAGCUACAUGCGCUGCUGAUGCAAGAGAAGGAGAAGUCAAUGGUAUGACCUUGCUCGUUGGCUACCCGCGCUGUGUGGCAGAAUCACCACUCCUGCCUUUGCUCCUCUAUUCUCCACUGUUCUCCCAUCAGUGGAGUCUUUUCCCUCACUUCCUCCGCAC